ACCCGCCAUACAGGUCAUAUAUAUAUACAUAAAUCGGUUUAGGGUUUGGGUCUCGAUACCUGAGUUGUUCGCCGUGUGCAGAGAGAGACGUAGCGAUGGGGAGGAGACCGGCAAGGUGUUAUCGACAGAUUAAAAACAAGCCAUACCCGAAGUCACGUUUCUGUCGUGGUGUUCCUGAUCCUAAGAUCAGAAUUUAUGAUGUUGGCAUGAAGAAGAAGGGUGUUGAUGAGUUUCCUUUCUGUGUCCAUCUUGUUAGUUGGGAGAAAGAAAAUGUAUCAAGUGAAGCAUUGGAAGCUGCUAGGAUUGCCUGCAAUAAAUAUAUGUCCAAGUUUGCAGGAAAAGAUACAUUCCACUUGAGAGUCAGAGUCCAUCCAUUCCAUGUUCUUAGGAUCAACAAGAUGCUUUCAUGUGCUGGAGCUGAUAGGCUUCAGACUGGAAUGAGAGGUGCUUUUGGAAAACCACAGGGUACCUGUGCUAGAGUAGCUAUUGGUCAGGUCCUUCUUUCUGUCCGUUGUAAGGACAGCAAUAGCCAUCAUGCACAGGAGGCCCUCCGUCGUGCCAAGUUCAAGUUCCCUGGUCGUCAAAAGAUCAUUGUUAGCAGGAAGUGGGGUUUCACCAAGUUUAGCCGUACUGAUUACCUCAAGUACAAGUCAGAGAACCGGAUUGUUCCUGAUGGUGUGAAUGCAAAGCUUCUGGGAUGCCAUGGACCAUUGGCAAACCGUCAGCCUGGAAGAGCUUUCUUGGAUGCUAGUACUCCUUCUGCUUAGGUGGUCUGUUAUUUUGAAUCAAUUAUCUUCCUUCACAAAAGUUUUGCAUGACCCAAUUUGAAUUUUGUUUUGUUUUGCUUGUAAUAUUAAACCAUGUGAGAUUGUUUCCGCCUUUGCGAAUCAUCACCUUGAAUGAAUGUUAUUUAUUAUUUGAUACCGA